AUGGAACCCACCUCCUUGCAACGUUCGGCCGAGGUGCUGGUCGAUCAAUUGACUGAGCGAAUCGACAACUCGCAUGGAUUAGGCUUCAUGAGUCCCGCGGUCUAUGAUACCGCAUGGGUAUCCAUGAUCCAGAAGCCCGCGGACGGCCACACGGUGUGGUUGUUUCCCGAGUCCUUUGAAUAUAUCCUGUCAAACCAAUUCGAGGAUGGAAGUUGGAUCAUGUACGCUUCCCAGAUCGAUGGAAUCCUUAACACUGCCGCGUCCUUGUUAUCGCUGAAGCGGCAUUUCACUUCGCCGCUUCAAAUCAGUACCAUCUCCCAGGAAAGUCUUGCGGAGCGCAUUGAUCGGGCUACAAGAGCCUUGCAUGCCAUGCUCGACGAAUGGGAUGUCGACGCCACGGUACAUGUUGGGUUCGAGAUCCUCGUCCCGGCGAUGCUGUGCUAUCUGGAGACCGAAGGCAUUGUGCUUUCCUUUCCAGGUCGCGAUCGUCUCUUUGCGGUCCGCGACCAGAAACUGGCUCGGUUCAAGCCCGAGCUUCUCUAUAUGCCUGUCCAAACCACGGCCUUGCAUUCAUUGGAGGCAUUCAUCGGGUUGAUUGAAUUUGACCGUGUUCGUCAUCAUAAGGUCAGCGGCUCUUUUAUGGCAUCACCAUCUUCCACGUCAGCCGUGCUCAUGCAUGCCUCCGAAUGGGAUGACGAGUGCGAGGAAUACCUUCACCACGUCAUUCAGUCCGCGUCCGGAAACCGCUCUGGAGGUGUACCCAGCGCCUUUCCUUCCACUACCUUUGAAAUUACCUGGACGCUGUCAACACUGAUCAAGAACGGAUUUGAUCUCAAUCCGAAAUUACUGCCAUCCGUCCAGAAAGCCCAAACAUACCUGCACGAUGCUCUUGUCAUGGAUAAAGGAACCGUAGGCUUUACGCCACAUGUUUGCGCCGAUGCAGAUGACACCUCGAAAGCCAUUCUUGUGCUCCAACUGCUACAACAGCAUGUAUCGCUGGAACCGAUGCUGAAAGCCUUUGAAGCAGACCACCAUUUCAAGACCUACCCCCAUGAGCGCGACCCCAGCUUCUCGGCCAACUGCAAUGUCUUACUGGCAUUGCUCUACGCGGAAAAUGUCUCCCAGUAUGCGCCUCAGAUCGAAAAGGCGAUCCGGUUCCUGCAUACGCACUUCCGGGAAACCGACUUGAAAGUCCGUGAUAAAUGGAACCUGUCCCCUUUCUACUCCUGGAUGCUCAUGACCGAGGCCAUUGCCCGCCUGCACCUGCUAUUCCAGAGUUCUCAAUUACUGUUCCUGAAAGAGCACUUCGAGCAAGACCUCGUCGAUCUACUGCGUGACAUGACGAUCUCAGUCCUGCGCCAGCAGAAUCAAACAGGCUCGUGGGGCUCUAGAAAUUCCAAGGAAGAAACGGCAUAUGCGGUACUCAUCCUUACAUAUGCGGUGCACUUUGAGUUCUCCGAGAUACCUCGUCACCUGAUCCGAAGACAAAUCCACGACGGCUGCUCUUUCCUCUGUUCAAACGCCGUUCUUGGCUCGGAGCGUCUCUGGGUGGAGAAAGUCACAUAUGAAUCGGAAAUGUUGUCACAGGCCUACACCUUAGCUGCGUUGAAGAAGGCGGCAGAUUUGUUAUUGCAAGAACAGUACAAACCGGAAGGUGUCUUCACAAAUUCGGCAAAUGGACAUCAUGCCGAGCCUAUCGAAGAUCAUGCAGAGUUGAAUGGACAUCCUGCUGAGCCUAUUGAGACUAAUGGACAUAUUGCCGAGUUCACUGAAAUCGGAAGCAAAAGCACGAAUGGAGCAUCCUGCACCGAAACAAAUGGUACCGAAACGAAGACGACCGACGUGCUGCCCACCCCCACAGUCGAACUUCAUGGUCCCCAUGAGAAUGGACAUUUCCAUGCGGAGAUCACAAAGCUCGUGUCGGUUGAUUUCAAUUGUGCCUCAAACCAUUCCUACCAGCGCGAAUGGACAGAUGACCAGGAACAAAUCCUGUUGGGGCCAUUUGACUAUCUCGAAAGCUUACCAGGGAAGAACAUACGAUCGCAAUUCAUUCAAGCCUUUAAUUCCUGGCUCCAAGUACCCACGGAACACCUGGAAGUUGUCGAAAAGGCGAUUUCCAUGCUGCACACUGCAUCUCUCCUCGUCGACGAUAUCGAGGACAGUUCGCUCCUUCGACGAGGCCAGCCGGUAGCACACAGUAUCUUCGGCACGGCACAAACCUUCAAUUCUGGCAAUUAUGUCUACUUCCUUGCGCUUCGGGAGAUUCAGAAACUGAGAAGCUCACGUGCGACUGAGAUCUACGUCGACGCCUUGAUCCAUCUGCACCGUGGUCAAGGCAUGGAUGUGUUCUGGCGCGAUUCGCUCAUUUGUCCCACAGAAGAGGACUAUCUGGACAUGGUCAGCAACAAAACUGGGGCGCUUUUCUGCCUCGCCAUCGAACUGCUGCAGAUCGGUAGCCCCAUCCAGGUCGACUUGGUCCCGCUAGUCCGACUAUUUGGCAUUAUCUUCCAGAUUUGCGACGAUUAUCUUAACCUGAAGUCGCCAAGCUAUUUGCAGAAGAAGGGCCUAUGCGAAGAUCUGACCGAGGGAAAAUUCUCCUUCCCUAUAGUCCACAGCAUUCGAUCAAACCCCACCAAUCGGCGACUGAUUAAUGUCCUGAAACAGAAACCCCGGGAUGAUGAUAUCAAACGAUAUGCGGUUGACUACAUGGAGACUACAAAUACCUUUGAGUAUACCCGGGACUUUGUUGGCAGCCUCAAGGCCGAAGCCUUAGAAAUGAUAGAAGAUUUAGAGAAGCAGGGACUGGGAGAUAACCUUGCGAUCCGAAAGCUCUUGGCUCGGCUGUCGGUAGAUGGGUGA